GGUACUGGUCCAGUGAGCAAAGCGAGGACUGGCGUACCCGACGCAUGAUCUGCACUAUUCUCCGUUUCUAGAUGAAUCCGCUUAUGUCUGGCUCCAUCUUUGGAAUGAUUGAUAGCGAUUGGGUCUGGAAUGGUAUUAGGUGAAUGAAUCAAUUCGACAAUUGUGGAUCGAUCGAAUGAUAGCUAUGUGAGGGUUAGAGCGAUGUUCACUUGACAGAUUUUCAGAGUAAAAAUUAAAGGAUGGAUUCAUCUGAAGGCGAAACUAGAUAUUCAGAGGAUGUGGAGAAUGAUGAUUCAAAAUAUGGUGACAAGGACCGGUACUAUCUUCCAACUGAGGUCGCGGUCCAUAAUACCCCUGAUGACUGUUGGGUAUCGUAUUUGUACGGCGUCUAUGACCUCACUGAACUCUGCAAAACCUGGCGGAAUGCGCGAGAGAUAUGUCCGAUAAUUGCAAACGCUGGGAAGGACAUAAGCCACUGGUUCGAUCAUUCACGUGGAGAUAUUAAACACCAGGUGCACCGAGUGACCGGUGCUUUGGUGCCGUUUUGUCCCCAUGGACCGAUACCGCAUGUAGGUAUCACCUCGUCUGUCUUGAGUUGGCGGCCAGUUGAUAGGUGUCCCUGGUGGCUCGAUGAUAAGUACAAAAAAGGAAAAUUGACAAAAAAUCCGAGACCAUGCAGGAUCAUCAAUACCUUAACCGGAUGUAGAGCGAUAAUAUCGAGAUCCUCGUGUACCCGCGGAUUCUCCAAUUCAAUGAAAUAUUUCGAAUUGUGUCGGCGUUUUUUUGGGUUAACCCAGACGGUUAAAUCGAAAUCCAUGAAAGUUGCGGUUCUCGGGGCUGGCGGAAGAACCGGUAAUGCUCUAUCAUUUUUUCUCAAGCACUGCUCGUUGAUUGACGAGUUGGCACUAUACGAUGUGACACCAGUGUGCCACGUGGCCAUGGAGUUGAAUCAUGUCGACACGAAGUGCAGAGUUGCUGCUGGGCUGCCUGGAGACGAGGGGCUUAAAUCUGUUCUGGAGGACUCCAAGAUUGUGGUGAUUACCGCGGGCUUGCCAUCAUCUGACGGGAAAGAUCAUAAUGACAUUCUCAUGACAAACGCGGAAAUAUUGGCUCACUAUAUAUUGAGCAUUAUCAAGCAUUCUCCAAGGGCCCUAGUGGCCGUUGCCACGAGUCCAAUCAAUCAUCUCAUCCCAAUGGCUGGUGAAUUGUACAAAAGAUACGGAAUCUUUGAUUACAAUCGUUUAUUCGGAAUUACAACACUGGACUGCGUUCGUGCGAAUACCUUUGCCGCUGGGAUUCUGGGCUUUGAGCCAGAGUAUCUAGUCGUACCUGUCAUUGGUGGCUCCUGCUCAAGGACACGUGUACCACUGUUCUCACAGACACAACCCUGCAAUGAAUUCACAAAUGAAGAAAUUAGCAAGCUCACUCAUGCUGUUAGAAUGGCAGAGGAGGAGGUGACGAAAGAGUACAAAGGGAGAAUGGGAGGGCCGUCCCUGACAAUGGGAUUCGCCACUGCGAGAUUCUGCAUGUCGUUGUGCAAAGGCCUUCAAGAUCAGCGUGGCGUUGUGGAAUGCGCCUAUGUGCGUUCCUGCGUGCUACCGGAAGUGACGUACUUGACGGCGCCAGUUGAACUCGGCCCUGACGGCAUACAGAGGCAUCUGGGUAUUCCCCCACUGACGAACUAUGAGUGCAAACUACUCGACGAUGCAAUACCAAUUAUCAAGAAUUCUAUCAGAACCGGCGAAGCACUCGCUCUUGGGCCACGUGUCAAUUCCACGGAAAUGUGCCCCACUUGCCAUGAUGAUUGUCAUCAAGAGGUGUCGCGUAAUGUGCGACUAAGCAAUGAGCGUCCUUCGACUUGUCCAACUUCUUAAAUUAUCAACUACGAAAUGGUUGACUAUAAAAUUGCUGUUGAAAUUUCAAGUAAAAAGUCCUGAUUUCUUUAAAUUAAUAAAUGUUCAAAUGGAAAACAAGUUCACCUCCGAAUAAAAAUAAUAUCAUGAGCUAGUGUUUCCGAAUUUCUGUUCUGGAAUUUAAUGAAAAAUUACGGAAAGUUAGG